GAAAUUAGAAUGAAUGAAUAUUGAUAUAAAAUUAUAAAAUAAACAAUAGGCCUAAAAGUUGAAAUAAUUUAUAAUUACCUAAAUAGUUUAAACUACUAUCUGGAAUCAUUUAUGAUAUGUGCAUGCUGUAAUAUUGAUACAGUACUAUAAAUAAAUAUUAGGGAAUACGUAACAAGAAAUCUAUAAUAUGUCUACAGGUAGUGUGAUAGACAAUACUUCGAAUGUAAAUAGAAUAAAAAAUGAGCCUUUCAUUAAACAAGAGGUGGAGAUUCAAGAAGAAGCUUUGCCAAUAGAAUAUACUUACAUAAAAAUAGAACAAGACGAUGAACUGGUGGACCAGAUCAAGACAGAGCCCAGUGUGAGUGAACAGAAUCUUGAGGAUUCCACCGAUCAUAGUAAUGAAGCAGCUUUGCCAAUAGAAUAUACUUACAUAAAAAUAGAAAAAGAUGAUGAACUGGUGGACCAGAUCAAGACAGAGCCCAGUGUGAGUGAACAGAAUCUUGAGGAUGUCAACCAUCACAGUAAUGAUUUACCACUUAAUGUGAAACAGGACCAAGAUGAAUGCAUCGAUAUCAAGACUCGUAAUGUCUGCGAUGAGAGAACUAAUGAAAAUAAUAGUAUAAAGACACAUGCAGAAAAGAACUCUUAUUCAUGUAGUAUUUGUAAUAAAAUUUACAAAUCAAAUAACCGUUUAACAAAGCAUUUUAAAAAACAUGCAACAGAUAAAGGUUAUUCUUGUAAUGUAUGUGGUAGAAGAUUCGUUGAAAAUAGUAGUCUAAAACGACAUUCCAGGGUACACACUGGCGAAAAACCUUAUUCAUGUGAUAUUUGCGGUAACAGUUUCGGCCAAAGUAGUACUUUAAGGGGACACAAAUUAACUCACACCGAAAUAAAACCGUAUCCUUGUAAUAUUUGCUCCAAGUCUUUCCGUUUUAGAAGUGGUUUAAAGGAGCAUAGUGUAGUACACACAGGAGAAAAACGUUAUGCAUGUGAUUUUUGUGGUAAACGGUUCAGUAACAGUAGGAGCUUAAGGUUGCAUAAUGCAAUUCACACAGGAACUAAACCUUAUUCUUGUAAUGUUUGUGAUAAAAGUUACAGUUGCUCUUCUACUUUGAAGAGACAUAGUAUGGCACAUUCAGGAGACAAACCAUUUUCUUGUACUGUUUGUGGUUCAAGUUUCACUUACUAUUCUGUUUUGAAGAGACAUAGUUUGAUACAUACCUAGAAGUUAGUGAUGAAAAUUAGUUUAAGCACAUGCGAGAGUUAUAUUGAACUUAUUAAACAAUUCACCUAUAAACAUAACCUAAAUCUAUAGCCUUAACCUAACCUAAUCCGUAUUGAGUACAAGAAUACUAGUUUAUAGUCAAAGUUUUAGAACCACAUGCUGAUUUAGGUUUUCAUAUGAAACACACAUUAAUCAAACUUAUUGCAUAAUUAUAAAUUUCAAUAUUAUUACAUUAAUAUUAAUUACUUGUUUGCCUAGUCCAUGAUAUGUUAAUAGGUAGAAAAUCUUAAGUAUUUGUAAAUAAUGUUCUGUAUACAUAAUAUUUACUGAAAUAUUUAUACAUUAUUUUAUAUUAACUAUUAACCCCCUUAUUCAUAAUAGUCUGCUAACUUAAAGCAUUGCUAAUUCUCAUUCUGCCUUCUUCUAUUGACCUAAGUCAGAAUGAGAAAAAACACUCCUUAGUGGCUGUUUAAAGUAAGCGGACCAUUAUGAAUUGAAGGGGGUUAAUAGUUAAUAUAUUAGUAUUUUUAAGAUUAGUUUAUUAUUUUAGUGAUGAGCAUGUAAAAACCGACACAAAGGAAUAGGAAUAAAGAAAAUUAUUUCAGUCACUCUAAAAAUAACUAUGAUUCAAUGAAUUAGAAUUACUUUAAAAUUUCACCUUAAUUUUUUUUACACACAGGUACACCAAAAUUUGACAGAUUUUUACACAAAAAAGUUUAAUUAUGCGUCUGGAAUGUUUUCUUUAUAUCCGUAAUUAUUGUACUAACAGUACAGUAUUUGACACCCUGUCCAUUACAAUGUAGUGCCGCUCAGGAUUCUUGAAAAACCCAAAAAUUCUGAUCGGCACCACAAUUGCGCUCGUCUCCUUGAGACAUAAGAUGUCAAGCCUCAUUUGCCCGGUAAUUUCACUAGUUACGGCGACCUUCAGACCGAAACAUUGUAAUGCUUACACAUAACUAAGUAUUUGCUUCACGGCAGAAAUAGGCGCCGUUAAACUAGCCGGCAGCCUGUGCAAGGAGCCUCCCACUGGUAGAAGGACAUGCUAGCAAUGCAGUCACAGAUUUUUAUUUCCAAAGCUUAAUCUUUCAAGUGUCAGUCAACAAUUUCAAAUUGAAUGUAGGAUUUUCUCACAAUCGUGUUCAUCUUCUAUCUACAUAGAAGAUGAACACUCUUCUAUCUACGGUUUUGGCUAUACAAACAUUUUGGCGUUGGCAGUUGAAGUCAGAUAACAUAAAUACUAUCGACGUAGCUUUGACGAAAGACUACUCAAUUUAAUGUUUCAUAUAAGAUGUGGAAGUUAAUAUGUAAAUAUACAGAAUGACAAAAGGAUCUCAACAAAUAUGUUAUUCCAGAUUAAGUGAAUAAAUAUUAUAAAUAUUUAUUAAA